GGGGAACGCUAGAGAAAACCAUAGAGUAUUCCUCCCGCCACCAGGCGGCAGAGAGAGUGGCCUCCGUAGGCCCGCUGCCCUAGAGGCCGCUGGGCCGGAGGCGGUCGCACAAAGGGUGUCCCCGGAGGUGGCUCCAGUUUCUGGUCGACCAUAGAGAUGUGGCUCUCGCCGGCCCUGGGCCGGGAGCCUUGCAGGUUACAAAUUGGUUUUCCCAUUCUCUGGCUCUUGUGAUUUCCGCUCCUGCCCAACGAUGUGGAUACUGUCAUCGCUUCCACUUCACAGAUAAGAAAGCUGAGACCCAGAGAAGCGAGGUUGCUGUCCAAGUCCACGGGCACUUCAAAGACCACAGCACACAAAUUGGCGGUGAUGACAGACCCCAUGUUGGACUCACAGCCAGCCAGCAGCGCAGAGGAGAUGGAUGGACUCUGCCCUGAGCUAUUACUGAUCCCCCCACCUCUCUCUGACCCUGGAAUCCUAGAGCCUGUCCAGAGCCCCUGUCCAUCUGGGAACCCCACACCUUUGCCUGCUGACCCAGGCUGCCUGCUGGUAGAGGCCACGACAACUGAAGAAGACACAGGGAACAUGGAGAUCAUUGUAGAAGCAGUAGCUGGAAACCUAUCCCCAGGUGCUCCUGGAGAGACACCAGGUGUCCUGGUAAAGGUGGUGGAGGUGUACUUCUGUGAGCGCUGUGAGCAGAGCUUCGCAGAGCCCGCUCUGCUCGCCCUGCACCAGUGCGCUGAGACCCUUAUACAGCCUGUGCAGGGCCUCUCUAGUCCCCCAUGCUCUGUAGAGCUACCCCUCAGCAACCUCACUCUCUCUGGCCCUCUGCAGAGCCACAGCCCACCCGAUAGCCCCCUGCCAUGCCCUGUGUGUAGACAGGAGUUUGCCCAACCCCAGGCCCUGAAAAGCCACUUCAAGAUUCACCGGGGCCCUCCCAACACCUUCUCCUGCCCAGAAUCUGGCUGUGUGUUCUCUGCUGAAGAUCGUAAGGGCCUGCAGCACCACCUGAGGCAGACCCACAGAGUGGCUCCCGUGCCCUGCUGUUUCCGGGGCUGCCCCCUGCUCUUCGGGAGCCAGCAGGGCAUGGAGCUGCACCGACAGGCCCAUUACCCUUUCCACUGCAACCAUUGCAGCUUCAUGGGCUCCAACGUCAAACUCUUCCGGCAGCAUCAGCGCAGCCAUGGGGCCGGGACACAGGGAGAACUGUCGGCCGUUCAGGGUCUUCCAUCCCAGGAGCUGCUGCCAGCUCCCAAACUGCCCCCAGGAGAGGGGCCGCCUUCAGAGGAAGCAGGUACACCCUUGCCUGGGCAGGAGUCAGCUGAAGAGGAGGAAGUGGAGGAGAGUGGCACUCUGAAGGACUCCCAGAAAGUCCUGGAGAAAAACCAGGGGACUCUGCAGUUGGAAGGGGAUAUGGCUCCUGGCACCGAGUCCCUCUUCAAAACCCACAUGUGUCCAGAAUGCAAGCGUUGCUUUAAGAAGCGGACCCACCUGGUAGAGCACCUACAUCUCCACUUCCCAGACCCCAGCCUCCAGUGCCCCAACUGCCAGAAGUUCUUCACCAGUAAGAGCAAGCUCAAGACUCAUCUGCUGCGGGAGCUGGGCGAGAAGGCGCACCGCUGCCCACUGUGCCACUACAGUGCCGUGGAGAGGAACGCGCUCAACCGCCACAUGGCCAGCAUGCAUGAGGAUAUUUCCAACUUCUACUCGGACACCUACGCCUGUCCUGUCUGCCAGGAGGAGUUCCGCCUCAGCCAGGCCCUUAAGGAGCACCUCAAGAGCCACACAGCAGCCGCGGCAGCGGAGCCCUCGCCCCUUGGCUGCUUUCAGGAGGGCUGCAGCUACGCGGCACCCGACCGCAAGGCCUUCAUGAAGCACCUGAAGGAGACGCACGGGGUGCGGGCUGUGGAGUGCCGCCAUCACUCGUGUCCCAUGCUCUUUGCCACGGCCGAGGCCAUGGAGGCCCACCACAAGAGCCACUAUGCCUUCCACUGCCCCCACUGCGACUUCGCCUGCUCCAACAAGCACCUGUUCCGCAAACACAAGAAGCAGGGCCACCCUGGCAGCGAGGAGCUGCGCUGCACCUUCUGUCCCUUCGCCACCUUCAACCCGGUGGCCUACCAGGAUCAUGUGGGCAAGAUGCAUGCUCACGAGAAGAUCCACCAGUGCCCCGAGUGCAACUUUGCCACUGCCCACAAGAGAGUGCUCAUCCGCCACAUGCUGCUGCAUACAGGUGAGAAACCUCACAAGUGUGAGCUGUGCGACUUCACAUGCCGAGAUGUGAGCUACCUAUCCAAGCACAUGCUGACCCACUCCAACACCAAGGAUUACAUGUGCACUGAGUGUGGCUAUGUCACCAAGUGGAAGCACUACCUCAGUGUGCACAUGCGAAAACACUUAGGGGACCUCAGAUACCAGUGCAAUCAGUGUUCCUAUCGCUGCCAUCGGGCUGAUCAGCUGAGUAGCCAUAAGCUGAGACACCAGGGCAAGUCCCUGAUGUGUGAGGUGUGUGCCUUUGCUUGCAAGCGGAAGUAUGAGCUGCAGAAACACAUGGCUUCCCAGCACCACCCCAGCAAGCCAGCCCCACUCUACCCCUGUCGCUACUGCAGCUACCAGAGCCGCCACAAGCAGGCCCUGCUGAGCCACGAGAACUGCAAGCACACCCGCCUCCGUGAGUUCCGCUGUGCCCUCUGUGACUACCGCACCUUCAGCAACACCGCCCUCUUCUUCCACAAGCGCAAGGCCCAUGGCUAUGUGCCCGGGGACCAGGUCUGGCAGCUCCGCUAUGCCAGCCAGGAACUAGAGGAGGCCAGGCAAUGCCCGACACCCCCACCAGACUCAGAGUCCUCAGAUCAGCUGUCGGCCCAGCCUGCGGGACAGGACCAUGACACUGAAGCCAUGGUGGACCCCAGCUUGGACCAGGCUCUGCCAGAGGCCAGUGAGGACAGUGCUGGGAGACAGGACGGCAGUGAAGGUCCCCAGGGGGGUGACCUGGUUGGCAGCCCCAGCCCAGCGGAGGUAGAUGAGGGCAGCUGCACACUGCACCUAGAGGCCCUGGGAGUAGAGCUGGAACCUGUGGCCGAGCCACCACUUGCGGAGAUCACCGAACCUUCCCCUGUAGAGUUCAGGCCCCUGGAUCCCUCAGGGCCCCUGAGACUGGAAGGGCCAGAUGGAACUUUGACAGGGCUGUCUACCUUUGAAGGUGCCGGGACUUCUGGCUUGGGUGCCGAAGAGCCCAUUCCGGAGAAGCCAAUACCUGAGCCCCCUACCAACCUUCCUUCCUCAGAGGAACCCCCUGUCAGCUGGGCGGACACCUUCAAGGCAACUCCGCCCACUGAGACAGCACUCCUGCCCCAGUUACCUGAGUCAGAGUCAUUACUCAAGGCUCUAAGGAGACAGGACAAAGAACAGGCCGAGGCGCUGGUCCUAGAGGGGCGGGUCCAGAUGGUAGUGAUACAGGGAGAGGGGCGGGCUUUCCGCUGCCCACACUGCCCUUUUAUCACCCGCCGGGAGAAGGCCCUGAGUCUGCACUCCAGGACGGGGUGCCAUGGCCGCCGAGAGCCCCUGCGGUGCCCCGAGUGUGGGGCUAGUUUCAAACAGCAGCGUGGCCUUAGCACCCACUUGCUGAAGAAGUGCCCUGUUUUGCUCAAAAAGAACAAGGGCUUGCCCAGGCCAGAUUCACCCGUCCCUCUGCAUCCUCUGUCCCCUGGUACCCAGGCCUCAGAGGCUGUAGAAGGCGAGAAGCCCCCACCUACACCAUUAGAACUGGAGGUAGUGCUCUCAAAAGAUACUCCUUCUGAGCUUUCCAUGGAACCAGAAGAAAAAGAAGAACCCCUGACCACACUGUCUGGCUCCACAGUCCUUCCUGCAGGAGACUCCUCCCCAGAGACCCUUGAGAAGUUCCACUUUGAACAGGGCAAGUUUCACUGCAACUCAUGCAUGUUCCUUUGUUCUCGGCUCUCCUCCAUUACCUCUCAUGUGGCUGAAGGCUGCCGGGGGGCACGUAGUGGGGCAGGAAAGCGAGGUGCCUCCCAGACCCAGCCUGUCGCGUCCCCGCUGAGCAAUGGGGACUCGGUUCCCCUAAACGGUGGGAAUACAGAGUGCAGCCCUGGUGACGGGGACACAGCUGUGGUUCCAAAGCAGAAGGGGGCUCGCUUCUCCUGCCCCACGUGCCCCUUUAGCUGCCAGCAGGAGCGCGCUUUGAGGACCCACCAGACCCGGGGCUGCCCCCUUCAGCAGUCUGGAGAGCUGCGCUGUGGCCUCUGCUCAUUCACUGCUCCUGCUGCCGCUGCCCUGAAGCUCCACCAGAAGCGGAAGCACUCCACUGUGGCUCCGGCCCGCGGCCCCCGGCCCCCUCUCCAGUGUGGGGACUGUGGCUUCAUCUGUAAACAGAGCCGGUGCCUACAGCAGCACCAGCGGCUCAAGCACGAGGGCGUGAAGCCACAUCAGUGCCCUUUCUGUGACUUUUCCACCACUAGACGGUACCGCUUGGAGGCUCACCAGUCCCGGCACACAGGUGUUGGCCGCAUCCCCUGCAGUUCCUGUCCCCAGACGUUUGGUACUAACUCAAAACUGCGCUUGCACCAGUUGAGGGUACACGACAAAACGCCCACCCACUUCUGUCCACUCUGUGACUACAGUGGCUACCUUCGCCAUGACAUCACUCGCCACGUCAACAGCUGCCACCAGGGCACCCCAGCCUUUGCCUGUCCCCAGUGUGAGGCCCAGUUCAGCUCCGAGACAGCGCUCAAGCAGCAUGCUCUGCGCCGGCACCCUGAGCCCACACCCAGAGCCCCGGGCUCUCCCGCGGAAGCCACCGAGGGCCCCCUGCACUGCUCCCGCUGUGGGUUCCUAUGCCCCAGCCCUGCCAGCCUGCGAGGACACACCUGUAAACAGCACCCACGGCUCGAGUGCGGAGCCUGCCAGCAGGCCUUUCCCAGCCGGCCAGCCCUGGAUGAGCACCGGAGGCAGCAGCACUUCAGCCACCGCUGCGAGCUGUGUGACUUCGCCGCGCGGGAGCGGGUGGGCCUGGUGAAGCACUACUUGGAACAACAUGAGGAGACUUCUGCAGCAGCCUCGGAGGGCGAUGCCGGCCAGCCCGCUCUGAGCUGCCCCUUUUGUGACUUUGUGUGCCGCCAUCAGCUGGUGCUAGACCACCACGUGAAAGGGCACGGGGGCACCCGGCUCUACAAGUGCACCGACUGUGCGUACAGCACCAAGAACCGGCAGAAGAUCACCUGGCACAGCCGCAUUCAUACCGGGGAAAAGCCCUACCGCUGUCACCUUUGUUCCUACGCCUGUGCUGACCCCUCUCGCCUCAAGUACCACAUGCGGAUCCAUAAGGAAGAACGGAAGUAUCUGUGCCCUGACUGUGGCUACAAGUGCAAGUGGGUCAACCAGCUCAAGUAUCACAUGACCAAGCACACAGGACUGAAGCCAUACCAGUGUCCCGAGUGUGAGUACUGUACCAACCGGGCUGACGCACUGCGUGUGCACCAGGAGACAAGGCACCGGGAAGCACGGGCCUUCAUGUGUGAGCAGUGCGGCAAGGCCUUCAAGACACGCUUCCUGCUGCGCACCCACCUCCGCAAGCACAGCGAAGCGAAGCCCUACGUGUGCAAUGUGUGCCACCGUGCUUUCCGCUGGGCUGCUGGCCUGCGCCAUCAUGCCCUCACCCACACCGACCGCCACCCCUUCUUCUGCCGCCUAUGCAGCUACAAGGCCAAGCAGAAGUUCCAGGUGGUCAAACACGUGCGCAGGCACCACCCUGACCAGGCUGACCCAAACCAAGGCGUGGGCAAAGACCCCACCACCCCCACGGUACACCUGCAUGAUGUGCAGUUGGAGGAUCCCAGCCCUCUUGCUCCUUCUGCUCCCCCAACUGGACCAGAGGGCUGAGAGCCCCCCCCCACCUCCCAGACAAGAAGAGGGUAUGGUCCGAGAUGUCCAGAGCUAGCCCGAGAAGCUCAGAGCGUAAGGAAGGGCUGGCUUUGGGGUGUCAGGGUGGCUGGAACCCUCCUGGGAUACUGGCUGUAGGACUUUAAUGUUGACAGCUACAUAAAAGAGAGACAUGGACCAUAAAUUGAUUUUAGGUGGAGGCUCACUGUCCCUGACUAUAAGAUUUGGGUUUUACCAAUUCCAUUUUCUCAUUCC